GGCAAGCAUUUGGAUUUUACUUGCAUGUUGUAGGUUUUUGGAUAUGUUUGUAGGCUUUGUGACAUUGAAGUCAUAAUGGGAUGGCUUCAAAGUCAAAUUUAGUUUACUUGUUAUGAUUCAAAGAAUCGAAUUUUUCUUCCCUGACAAGAUCAAUUAUUGGAAUGGAAUGAUUUUGCUUAUAAAUGAAGAAUUCAAUACAGCAGCAUGCAUAUCAAUAGCCUAUCAGUGUCUGGCAUUUCCACAGCAAUGGUAUCUAAACGAGUCAGUUUGAUUGUAGUCAUAGUCUGCUCUAUUGUAGUUACUGUUCUAUCAGAAGAAUCGAGCUUAGAAGUUCAGAUUGACGCCUUGAAGGCUUUCAACAAUUCCAUCACAGAUGACCCUUUUGGAGCACUUGCAAAUUGGACAGACAGGAACCACCACUGCAACUGGUCUGGUAUUUCUUGCGACUCUUUAUCAAAUGUCAUUUCGAUUUCUCUGGUUGAUAAGCAGCUCAAAGGUGUAAUUACACCGUUUCUUGGAAACCUUUCAAGCCUCCAGGUUCUUGAUUUAACUUUGAACUCGUUCACCGGCCACAUUCCGGCUCAGCUGGGACUUUGCUCUCAGCUCACUGAGCUGAUUCUUUAUGAAAAUUCUCUUUCAGGUCCAAUUCCAACAGAACUAGGAAACCUCAAAAAUCUGCUGGCACUAGAUUUAGGUGAUAACUCUUUAAGUGGAAGCAUCCCUGAAAGCAUUUGCAACUGCACAUCAUUGUUACAAUUUGGUAUCGUUUAUAACAAUCUCACAGGCAGAGUCCCAUCAAACAUAGGCAAUUUAGCUAACCUUCAACUUUUGGUGUUGUAUGGGAACAAUUUGGUAGGUUCUAUACCAGUGUCCAUUGGGAGGUUGGAAUCUUUGCAAGCUUUACAACUAAGUGAAAACCAACUCUCUGGAGCAAUACCUCGACAGAUAGGGAACUUGUCAAAUUUAGAGUAUCUUAUCUUGUAUGAGAAUUCGCUAGUUGGGAGAAUACCCUCAGAACUAGGUCGCUGUAACAAGCUUGUAUAUCUUGAACUAAACAGCAAUCAGUUCACUGGAGGCAUUCCCUUUGAGCUUGGAAACUUAGUUCACCUAGAAAAGUUGCAGUUGUACAAGAAUAGGUUAAAUUCUACCAUUCCCGCCGCCUUGUUCCAAUUGAAAUCAUUAACCCAUCUAGGACUUUCAGAGAAUGAGUUAACUGGAACAGUACCCUCUGAGCUAGGAUCACUGAGAUCAUUAGAAGCUUUGACCCUACAUUCAAAUAAGUUCACCGGGGAGAUUCCUUCGUCCUUGACAGACUUGACAAAUCUAACUCGGUUGUCUAUGAGCUUCAAUUUCCUCACAGGGAAGCUUCCAUCAGAUAUAGGAUCCCUUUACAAACUGGAGAACCUAACCAUGAACAACAACCUUCUCGAGGGAUCCAUUCCAGCUAGCAUCACCAAUUUCACCCAUCUUCUAACCAUAAGCUUAUCAUUUAACAGAUUAACAGGCAGAAUUCCUCAGGGUUUGGGGCAGUUGCGAAAUCUUACUUUCCUAUUUCUUGCAUCCAAUAAAAUUUUAGGAGAAAUCCCAGACGACCUCUUCAAUUGCUCGAAUCUUCGUACUUUAGACUUGUCUCAGAACAGUUUUAGUGGAGUGCUAAAGCCUGGUAUUGGAAAACUUUCCAGUCUCCAGAUUUUGCGAGCCCAUACAAAUUCAUUCGUAGGGCCAAUCCCACCUGAGAUUGGCAAUUUGAGUCAACUUAUCUCCUUAUCACUUGGUACAAAUAGUCUUUCAGGCCUUAUUCCAUCAGAAAUAUCUAAACUUUCUCUACUCCAAGGGCUGUACCUGGAUGACAAUGCUCUAGAGGGUUCAAUACCUGAGGAAUUAUCUGAGCUGAAACAGCUAAACGAGCUCGCGUUGCAACACAAUAGGUUCAAGGGUCCAAUUCCAGAUGGAGUUUCAAAACUCGAGCAGCUUUCAUAUUUAGACCUUCAUGGUAACAUGCUUAACGGGUCCAUUGCAAGAAGCAUGGGCCAUCUUAUUCAGCUGAUGACCUUGGAUCUCUCCCACAACCAUCUCACGGGAUCGAUUCCUGCAUCUGUGGUCGCAAGUAUGAAAAGCAUGCAGAUAUAUCUGAACUUCUCAUACAAUUUCUUGGCUGGAACUGUUCCAGAUGAGCUCGGCAUGUUAGCAAUGGUACAGGAGAUUGACAUCUCAAACAAUAAUCUUACGGGGAUCAUUCCUGAAACGCUUGGCGGCUGCAGAAAUUUGUUCUCUCUUGAUCUGUCAGGGAACAAACUCUCUGGUCCAAUUCCAGCUGAAGCACUUCCUCGAAUGGAUAUGCUUUCUCUCUUGAAUCUUUCAAGGAACAAGUUAGAUGGUGGGCUCCCUGAAGAACUAGCAAGUCUGAAGCGGCUUAGCUCCCUUGAUCUUUCUCAGAAUCAGUUGAAGGGCAUUAUCCCUGAGAGCUUUUCCAAUCUUUCCACCUUGAAACGUCUCAACCUUUCUUUCAAUCAACUUGAAGGGCAUGUUCCAGAGUCAGGCAUAUUUAGACACAUGAACUCAUCUAAUUUGUUGGGCAAUCCAGAUCUAUGUGGAACUGAAUUCCUCAGGCCCUGCAGCAAAAAGAGUUCACAUCAGCUAUCCAAGAAGACGGUGUUGGUUCUUCUGGUACUUGGAUCUAUUUUUGUACUUCUAUUGCUAGUGUUAGUAAGUAUAAUCCUUCACCGGCGCACCAAGUUACGUAAAUCAGAAGGGGUUGAGCAUCCUGAAUCAGAUUACACUCUGCCGGCAUUGACCCUCAAGAGGUUUGAACCAAACGAACUAGAAAAUGCUACAGGUUUCUUCAGCAAAGACAACAUUAUCGGUGCCAGCAGUUUGAGCACCGUUUAUAAGGGCCUACUGGAAGAUGGGCGGACCGUAGCUGUAAAAAAGUUGAAUUUACAUCAGUUCUCUGAAGAGUCUGAUAAGUGCUUUAAUCGAGAGAUCAACACCCUGAAACAACUGAGGCAUAGGAAUUUGGUGAAGGUCCUUGGGUAUGCUUGGGAGAGUAGAAAACUGAAGGCUUUAGUUCUGGAAUACAUGGAGAAUGGGAACUUGGAUAGCGUUAUACAUGACCCCGAGGUGGACCAGUCAAGGUGGACAUUGUCUGAGAGACUCAAAGUUUUCAUUUCCAUUGCAACUGGGUUGGAGUACUUGCAUUCUGGAUAUGGUUUCCCCAUUGUUCAUUGUGACAUGAAGCCUUCUAACAUCCUUCUGGAUGAAGACUGGGUAGCUCAUGUGAGUGACUUUGGAACAGCUCGAAUACUUGGAGUUCAUCUUCAAGAUGGAAGCAGCCUUUCAGCAUCAUCAGCAUUUGAAGGCACUAUUGGCUACUUGGCACCAGAGUUUGCGUAUAUGACGAAAAUCACAACAAAAGUAGACAUAUUCAGCUUUGGUACAAUAGUCAUGGAGUUUCUAUCGAAACGAAGGCCAACAGGACUCACAGAUCAAAAAGAUGGGCUGCCUACCAGUUUGCGUCAACUUGUGGAGAAAGCUCUUGCAAAUGGAACGAACGGUCUUCCUCAAAUUCUGGACCCUAUGCUGGUGCUGAAUAUCUCCGAGAAGCAUGAAGAAGUAUUGGAAGAGCUACUAAAACUAGCAUUGUUUUGCACCCACCCAAAUCCUGAGGAUCGACCUGACAUAGAUGAAGUGUUGUCUGUACUUUUGAAGCUAAGCAAGCGCAUAUAGUACCAAAUUCAUGCUAUAUUUUCCCUCAGUGAAGAUUAUGGUAAUGAGUUAUAGCCAUACUUUGAUGCUGUCAUCGGGAAGGGAAAAAGUCUGCAGACUAAAUUGAUCGUGGGCCAGUGUGCCUAUAUUGGCAUCAUAACUUAAUCUAUGAAAUAGUUUGAUUUUGUUGGAAACCCUGAAGUAUGCUUGGCAGUGACAAUCAAAUUCUCCCUUAUUGUUUUUC